AGAGAGAUCUGCACCCCUUCAAGAGUAAUAAUGUUAGGGUCGGCCCUACUACUUUACUAAACAUGUGACCACCCCGUGUCAGUGCUUACUGCGACCUACCAGGCGCUUCAGGAGGACGUGUGAGAGGCAGCGCGUCUAGUAUUUGCUUGUGCUCGGCCUCUACGCGUUUCUGUGUUCUACAGGUAAAGCAAGAUGGACAUUAAAGACCAAGGUGCCCAAAUGGAGCCGCUGCUGCCAACGGUAAUGACGCCCUCCCGAGGUAGAAAUGUGAGAGGAGAUGAAGAGGCAGUGUUGGACAGAGGAGGCACAAGGUCCAUGCUCAAAGCUAACCUCGAACAAGAGGAUUUAGAAGGCCACAGGACUCUGUAUAUCGGGGUGCAUGUCCCUCUGGGGCGCCGGUCGCACCGACGCCAUCGUCACCAUAGCAACCGACACAGGAAGAGGAGCAGGGAGAGAGACUCAGGAGUGGGAGACGGCCGAGACUCCCCCGCAUAUGACACGCCUUCCCAAAGAGUCCAGUUUCUUCUGGGAACUGAGGAUGAUGAUGAAGAACACAUUCCGCAUGACCUCUUCACUGAGCUGGAUGAAAUAUGUCUGCGAGACGGGGAGGAUGCUGAGUGGAGAGAGGCUGCCCGGUGGCUGAAGUUCGAGGAGGAUGUAGAGGAUGGAGGAGAGAGGUGGAGUAAGCCCUACGUAGCCACACUCUCUCUGCACAGCCUGUUUGAGCUACGCAGCUGCAUCCUCAAUGGCACCGUGCUGCUAGACAUGAGGGCUGGCUCUCUGGAGGAGAUUGCGGACAUGGUGCUGGACCAGCACGAAGGGCUGUCCGAGCUCGGUGAGGAGGUGAGGGUGAAGGUACGCGAGGCCCUGCUUAAGCAGCACCACCACCAGAACCAGAAGAAACUAGCCAACCGCAUUCCCAUCGUGCGCUCCUUCGCCGACAUUGGCAAGAAGCAGUCCGAGCCCAACUCCAUGGACAAGAACGGCCAGACAAUUCCUGCCCAGGUCAGUGCUCCGGAGCUGAAGCCUGAGGUCAGCAGGGAGAACAGCUCAGUGGACUUCAGUAAGAUAGACCUCCACUUCAUGAAGAAGAUCCCUGCUGGGGCCGAGGCUUCCAAUAUCCUGGUCGGAGAACUGGAGUUCUUGGAGAAACCUGUGGUGGCAUUUGUACGUCUCUCUCCUGCUGUCCUUCUCAGUGGCCUGGCGGAGGUUCCCAUAACCACCAGGUUCCUCUUCAUUCUGCUGGGACCUCUGGGUAAAGGGCCACAGUACCAUGAGAUUGGCAGGUCCAUCGCAACUCUGAUGACUGAUGAGGUUUUUCAUGAUGUCGCAUACAAAGCCAAGGACCGCAACGACCUGGUGGCAGGAAUUGAUGAGUUCCUCGACCAAGUAACUGUUCUGCCCCCAGGAGAAUGGGACCCAUCUAUCAGAAUUGAGCCGCCAAAAAACGUCCCCUCUCAGGAGAAGAGAAAAAUCCCUGCUGUCCCCAACGGCGAGCUGCCAGAGACUGUGGACCAUGGGGGGCAUGGAGGCCCUGAGCUGCAGCGCACCGGGAGGUUCUUUGGCGGCUUCGUCCUGGAUGUAAAGCGCAAGCUGCCGCACUACGUGUCAGACUACACGGACGCCGUCAGCCUGCAGUGUGUGGCCUCCUUCCUCUUCCUCUACUGUGCCUGCAUGUCUCCUGUCAUCACCUUCGGAGGCCUGCUGGGAGAGGCAACAGAGGGCCGCGUGAGUGCCAUCGAGUCGCUGUUCGGUGCGUCCAUGACUGGCAUUGCCUACUCCCUGUUUGCCGGCCAACCGCUCACCAUCCUCGGUAGCACUGGGCCUGUGUUGGUGUUCGAGAAGAUUUUAUUUAAGUUCUGCAAGGAAUACGGGCUGUCUUACCUGUCCCUGAGGGCAUGCAUUGGUUUGUGGACUGCGUUCCUCUGCAUUCUGCUCGUGGCCACGGAUGCCAGCGCUCUUGUUUGCUACAUCACCCGCUUUACAGAGGAGGCCUUUGCCUCACUCAUCUGCAUCAUUUUCAUCUACGAGGCCCUGGAGAAGCUCAUCCACCUCGGUGAGACCUACCCCAUCAACACGAACAACAACCUGGACAAACUCACCUCCUACGCUUGUGCAUGUGUGGAGCCAGUCACUCCCAGCAAUGCCACUCUCCUGUACUGGGAGCAGAACAACAUCACAGCAUCAGAGAUCUACUGGGAGGCCCUGGAGGUAGAGGACUGCAUUGAAAAGAGAGGCGUGUUUGUGGGGUCGGCGUGUGGCCCACAUGGGCCGUACAUCCCCGACGUGCUCUUCUGGUCUGUUGUUCUGUUUUUCUCCACUGUGGCCAUGUCUGCCUUCCUUAAAGAGUUCAAGACCAGUCGCUACUUCCCCACCAAGGUUAGGGCGAUCAUCAGUGAUUUUGCUGUGUUCUUCACCAUCCUUACCAUGGUUCUGUUGGACUAUGCAAUAGGGGUCCCUUCACCCAAACUGCAGGUGCCUAACAAGUUUAAGCCGACGCGAGAUGACCGAGGCUGGUUCAUCAACCCCCUGGGUCCGAACCCAUGGUGGACCUGCGUCAUCACGGUGAUCCCGGCUCUCCUGUGCACCAUUCUCAUCUUCAUGGACCAGCAGAUCACUGCAGUCAUCAUUAACAGGAAGGAGCACAAACUCAAGAAAGGCUGCGGCUACCACCUGGACCUGUUCAUGGUGGGCGUCAUGCUGGGCGUGUGCUCCCUCAUGGGCCUGCCCUGGUUCGUGGCCGCCACCGUGCUUUCCAUCUCGCACGUGAACAGCCUGAAGCUGGAGUCGGAGAGCUCAGCCCCGGGUGAGCAGCCCAAGUUCCUGGGCAUCAGGGAGCAGCGAUUCACCGGCCUCAUGAUCUUCGUCCUGAUGGGCUGCUCUGUCUUCAUGACCUCCAUCCUCAAGUUCAUCCCCAUGCCUGUGCUGUACGGCGUGUUCCUCUACAUGGGAGCAUCUUCUCUGCGAGGAAUUCAGUUCUUCGACAGGCUGAAGCUGUUCGGGAUGCCUGCCAAACACCAGCCUGACUUCAUCUACCUGAGGCAUGUUCCUCUGCGGAAGGUGCACCUGUUCACCAUCGUCCAGCUCAGCUGCCUGGUGCUCCUCUGGGUCAUCAAGACGUCCCGCGCAGCCAUCGUCUUUCCCAUGAUGGUUCUAGCUCUGGUGUUCAUCCGCAAACUCCUGGAUUUUUUCUUCACCAAACGGGAGCUGAGCUGGCUGGACGACCUCAUGCCAGAGAGCAAAAAGAAGAAACUGGAGGAUGCAGAAAAAGAGGAGGAGCAAAGUAUUCUGGCAGAAGAAGAAGGUGUGGUACAAGUACCGUUAGAGGGACACUAUAAGGAUGAUCCAUCAUAUGUAAAUAUUACUGAUGAAAUGUCUAAAGCCUCUUUUGGAAACACUUGGAGGACCGUCAGCUCUGACACCUCAAAAAUGGACCCGACCACGAAAAGUCUGUGCAGGAGUGGUGGGGAGAGGGACGAUCGUAGGAAAGAGCUGGCGAAGAUCGUCAGAAGAGAGAAGAGCCUCUGACCUGGAUCUCCCUCACUGAGAUCUCUCUCUCUCUCUCAUGCUCUCUCUCUCUCAUACACACACACACACACACACACAUACACACAC